AACCCCAAUAUCCAGAGACACUCUGGCCUCUUCAGAAGCUUUAGCAGCACCUAGUUCUCCACUGUCCCAGGAGCCAUCCCAACGCAGGAUCUGUGUCCACCCUCUGGGCCAGGACAAGACCAAGGCACCUGGGGCCUCAGACAGUCAAGGCUCUUAGCAGCCUCUCAGGUUCUGGGAAUGUCAGCGUGUGCCACUAGGCCUGGUUUACAGUGCUGGGGUCUGAACUCAGGGCUGCAGGCAGGAACCCAAGAGAUGAAGGGCCUCCUCAUACUGGCUUGGUUCCUGGUCUGCAGUGUGCCUGCAGUGCCCGGAGGCUUCAUAGAAUUGAGGUCCAUGAUCGACGAAGUGACUGGGAUGGAUCCAAUAUUGGACUUUGGCUUCUAUGGCUGCUACUGUGGCUUUGGCGGCAAAGGGAUGCCCAAGGAUAAUACUGAUUGGUACAGAGGUCAGAGGGGUGCCUGUCCACUCAGCGUCCCCAUCUCUCACUUUGACAGGUGCUGUUGGGCGCAUGACCGCUGUUAUGGGGAACUGGAGAAGAAAGGCUGUGACAUCCGGUUUCAGUCCUAUGACUACAGAGUCACAGGGGGACUGGUCACCUGCGAAUACGGGUCCUACUGUUCGACGAGGCUUUGUGAUUGUGAUCGGACGCUGGUCUACUGCUUGCGGAGAAACCUCUGGAACUACAAUCCUGAUUAUCAGUUUUACCCCAACUUCCUCUGCUAAUGCCCCGUGUGGGCUCUGCUCUGGGGGUUCCUCCCACAGUGGAGGCCCCCUCUGCUGUAUUCCUGAUGCACGUCCCAAGGUCUUGGACCUUUCUUCUUCUGUGUUCCAUUGGGCUGGGCAGCACCCCAGGACUUAACCCAAGGACUUAGAGAGGGACUCUGACCCCAGCUUGGCAAGCUCCCAGGAUGGCUGAGCUGGCACUUGUGAAGUUGGCUCUGGGCCUGGGAGCUCCCCCAGCUCCAGGCCAGCGCUGUAUUGACUUUUCCUUCGAUUUCUGGAACCGAACUGUCAUUAUCACCCUCCAGAGACCUUUUACUCGAGUAGAAGCCAAAUUAACUCUAUAAAUCUGCUCUGUAGAUAUUAAAUAAACCCAUUUGCAAAGCUAGAAAA